UGUGGGAGCUCCCAAGGGACAAUCCAAUUAUAGUGACAUUGUGAGAGGAGGCGUGGCCUACAAAUGUUCCUUCACCAAUCAAAACGCGUCACUGGCUGGUAAUUGUACUGAGAUGCAACUAGACACUCGGGGUAAUGAUUUCUCGGAAUCAGAUCGACAAAUUUUUAAUAAAUCAGACCAGUGGUUAGGGGCGGCGAUGUCAAGCGGAGGACCUAAUGGAUCAUUAGUGAUCUGCAGACCCCGAUAUCAGUAUUAUUUUUACCGUUCCAACGGAUUGCAGCAGCAACAACGGGACCUCUUGGGUGGAUGCUUCGUCCUUACCCAAGAAGACUUUGAUCAUCCAAACAUCCUACUACCAUGUAUCACUGGUGGUGACAGACGUUGCCAAUUUGGCUUCAGCGUAGAUGCAAAAAAGGAUCAUAUAGUUUACGGAGCUGUUGGACUUGGCAGACAAGAAGGUCAAUUUUGGAGGAGUGAUAGCAGGGGUGAGCAGAGACAGAAAAGACCAAAAAGGAAAAUUGGUGUCACUAGAGAAAACAACUACAGAGGCUAUACAGUGGCUUCUGGUGAUUUUAAAGGAGAUUCGAACCCAGAAUAUGCUAUAGCAGUGCCCAGGCAUAAACAGGCCUUUGGCAAGGUGGUUCUGUAUGACAGUGAUUUGAACGAGUACAAUGACUUAGAGAAUAGCGAUAUGGGGUCAUAUUUCGGCCAUACACUCGUUACUUCCGACCUUAAUAAUGACGGCUACGAUGACCUGGUUGUCUGUGCCCCUCUUUUUACCGAUUCCAUUUCUAACAAUGGUUCGCUUUGGGAGAUAGGAAAAGUCUUUAUUUACUACAACGACAGAAAUGGUGGUUUUGGCUAUGCUGAUACCAUCACCGGUCGUGAUGUCGGCGGAAGGUUUGGGUAUGCAGCGACGUCACUUGGGGACAUCAACGUCGAUGGAUUCAACGAUUUAGCCAUCUCUGCCCCAUUCAUUGAUAAAGGAAACAGAGGAAAGGUCUUUAUAUAUCACGGAAUAGGCCACAAUGCCAGGCUACCCUUGACGCCAGUACAGGUAUUAGAGUCCAGAGAGUUUGGUCAAGUCCUUGUCCCGUUUGGUUGUGCGCUGUCAGCAGGAGUCGAUGUGGACUCCAAUUCUUAUCCAGAUCUCGCUGUUGGAGCCUACAGGUCCCAGGUAGCAGUUGUUUACAGAUCGCGACCAUCUUUCACGGCAUCAAUGCAGGUAUUCCAUGAACCGAGAUUUCUUGAUCUAGAUAUAUUAGAUCAUCUUCUUCCAGAUGGGACACUUACUACGAGGAUGGAUCUGAACGUAUGCUUCUCGUUUGUUGGCCUCGGUCUACCUAAAUCAAUCGUCAUAGGUUAUAACAUCACCCUCGAUGCAGCAAAAUCACAGUCUCCUCGUAUGGCAUUCAUGGAAUCGCGCUCUGCAACACUGCAAUCUACGAUCGUAGCUUCAACAGAGAGCACAAUGCAUUGUACACGGCAUAAAGUCUACAUUCAGCCAUCAAUAGUUGACAAACAGACUGCUAUAUCAGUGAUUUGUACCUAUGAUUAUCUUGAGGACCAGCAAGCCAACUGGACACCUGAUGGUUACCUCAUACCUGUACUCAGUAGAUGGGCUGUUACCAGGUCUGCAUUUUCAGUACCUCUAAAGCGAAACUGUGCGAAUGAAACGUGUUUUCCAAAUUUAGUCAUAUCCCCAAAAGCGGAGACGGAUUAUCUUAUAGCUGGUGAUAACGGGGAGGCUUCUAUACGAGUUGAUAUCGAGAACCACGGCGAAGACUCGUUUUAUUCUACUCUGGAAAUAAGAAUUCCAGACGAGAUCAACUUUAGCAAACUUGAUAGAACAGUUACGGAUUCCAUUGUGACUUGUUCAGUCACUAGACGAGUCGUCGUGUGCCACAUAGGAAACCCGCUCAAAGCAAGAGGAAAGGUAAAUAUGCGAAUCUGCUUUCAAACUGAAGAUCUCUCCGUGACAGAGUCUGAAGUCAUCUUUGCAAUGACGGCUAAAAGCGGAGAUGAUGAACUGGAACACCAUUCGGAGGACAACCAUGCAAAUAUUUCAAUUCCCGUGUUUUCGUCAUCGAAUAUUACUCUUAGAGGUGAAGUCAACCAAGAGCUGUUAUUAUUCAAGGAGACGGACUAUCCUCUAAAUCGAGUUGUGGAAUUUCAAAACGAUAUUGGUCCUCUGAUUACUUACACAAUAUCGUUGGUUAACAGGGGCCCUAGCCCCCUUGGCCCCACGGAGCUCGUCCUCUCCUGGCCAACCUUCCCGGUCCUAAACGGUCAGCUUCUGUAUCCGAUCAGUGCUAUAACCGAUAAUGAUGGAGAUUGUUACGUCAUCAAUGGCCAGUGGAACCCCGAAAAUCUCACAACGACAUUCGGAAAUUACAUCCGUGGCAGACGACAUCGUCGAGAUGGACCUCUUUCCACAUCCUCUCAAACGAGAAUUGCGUCUCCAUUACUAUCGUCCCAACUAAAAUCGCUUGCUUGUAGGUCGAGUUUGUCACCAUGCGAUAAGAUAGUGUGCUACGUAGAUACACUGGCCAGGGGGCGACACUCGGAGAGGGAUGAAGUGGUUGUCAUAGUAACAGCACGCCUCAAAACGGAUCUCUUAGUAAAGUACAAUAUUACAGGAUUCAAGUUGAUGACCCGUGUAGAAGCUUUAGUCAAAGAUAGUCUUCAUCCAAGCACUCCGUUUCUCAAUUUACCAACCGCUGAUAUUGAGAUCAGUACGACGGUGCUUGGCGAGAUCGACCAACCUCAGCCACAUAUACCCUACUGGGUGUACAUCGUCGCAAUCGCAGGAGGUCUCUUUAUUCAACUCGUGGUCAUCAUCAUACUACAAAAGACUGGCUUCUUCAAGCGGAAGAAGAUUUCUCCAAAGCAAAGGGAAUGUCUAAGCCUGGAGAAGGAACCAGUGGUCCUGUUGUCAGCGACUCCAUUAGAAAGAAAUUCUUUAACUUCACCUAUGCAACGGAAUCCUCUCUCUUGCGACAAACUCUUUGAUAUAGACAAUAGAAGAAGUUAAUGAUUAUCCACUAGAGACAUUAACUUAAAUAAAAAAAAUCAAUGAUAAAAAUGAUAUGAUUAUAAAUCGUUAACACCAACGAACGUAGAGGGCAGCAACACCGGCAGCAAAGUGUAAUUGGCGCCUCUACGUUUGGUUGAUUAACAAGAAGGUAAAAGCUGUUUUUAGCUGAUUUUCCAAUGGGUCUUGCGUUUUUAACCUCUUAAUACCCUUCUCCAUUCUGAUACGCCGAGUGGCCUGCGAGAAGGAUGUAGAUCCCAUUUUAGGAGAGUUCGACGAUGGUAUGACUCGGCUGGGGGGUCGAACCCACGAUCUUCUGUUAAUCACUGGAUCUACCACUGAAGCUGACAUGAUUCCCGAUGAGCUACACGAAAUCUUGACGAUCUUCCUCAUGACCUAAAAUCAUUAGUUUGUUCAGGAUCUACAUGUGAGCACGUGCAGACAUUUGCGUAUUUGAGGGGGGCAGACAUGGCAUAUGGAGCAAAAGUAAUGAAAUUGCUUUUCUAAUCCAAAAUAAAUAAAUGAAUAAAAAAAAUCGUAGAUAUUGACGUAGUAUUUUAAAAAUGGCAUCAUAUAUCACCCUAUUCCUUUCCUUUUCCUUUUUUCGUGCAGACAGUUGCGUAUUUGAAGGGGGCAGAAAUUGAAUAUGGGGCCAAAGUAAUGAAAUCGCUUUUCUAAUGCAAAAUAUUAAUGAAUAAAAAAAUUCGUACAUAUUGAAGUAAUGUUCAGAAAUGGCAUCAUAAUCUCCCUUUUCCUUUCCUUGUAUUUCUUUGUUUUUUCUCUCUCUCGGUCGUGAAAAUUUUGAGGGUCCUAGGCUCCCCCUAUCUAUACGCCACCACAUCGGCAGACAUAAGUGAUGAUCGCUUCCAUUGUCGGAAGGCAUGCGGGUCGCACGGGCCUAAUCACAACUGGCAGGCCAUAGAUAUUCAUUCGAGCCAACCCAUUGCUCAAUUUUUAAAUUUGAUAUUGCUGAUUGACAAAAAUGAAUGAAUAUGACUGACAAUCAAACACUGAUUCUAGGGAGGGUACCUUGAACUUACUUUUUCCAAAUUGGAAAGAUAUAUCACCAUUAUGGAACUAUAUUUUUACUGGCGGAAGAAUUAGGGUCAUUUUACUCUCUCAAGUGAUGAAUUUGGUACCGGCAGGUGUAGUCUUCAUAAAUGCGGAUUUAUUUUUAAAAUGAGCCGGUCGAUGUACCCUUUUCUGGUCAGAUAUGGAAUUUCAGACAUUUAUCCUAUCCACUGGUAGUAAACAUUCAACCCUCGAAUUUCCUCCUUAUUUUUUAUGAAUUCUUUUUAAGUGCCACUUUAACACACGAGUCUAUGGGAAAUGAAUUAGGCCUGUGAGACCUGCGGGUUUUACUGCCAGACUCUCGAGUAUCUACGCAUGUAAUCAUUUUCUGAAAUCCUUUGAACUGAAAGUCUAAUUUUGUUUGUCAGAGGAUCGAUCAUUAUGUAAUCGUUUACAAACAUGACAAUAAUUUAAUGUAUGUUUAUCUUAUUCUCAGUUUCUUAUUUUCCUUGGUUAAUCGAAGGCAGACGAAGAUCCAGCGUCACUUCUUUGUAUUAAAAUGUUUUAUUGCAUUAUUAUAUUUGAUUGUAUCAUCAUGUCUGAUUGCAUUUUUAUGUCUGAGUGUAUUAUGUUAGAUUGUAUUAUAUUUGAUUGUAUUAUUGUGUUAAAAUGUAUUAUGUUUGAUUGUAUAAUUGUGUUUGAUUGUGUAAUGUUUGAUUGUAUAUUUUUCUUGAAAAGUGCAAUUUUCCGUUUCUCUUGAAAGCAUCGUUGAUUUUGAUAAUUCCUCUUAAAUUCGCAUCGAGCAAUGACAAAUAAUAAGUAGUGCCUUUUGUAAUCAACUUCCUCAAAAUGUUUCGCAUAUAAGGCCUAUAUAGCACUGAUCUUUAUUUGGUAUUUUGAGUAUUAUUUUGGUAUUACGGAAAACGCAUACUAAAACAGAUUGGAUAGUCUUCAUGAAACCGGUCUCGUAUAUUGUGACUUAUAUUUAAUCAUCUAUUAGGCCAUAUUAUCAUUUCCGCAAACUUUGAUAAUGCCAUUUCAAUACUAAUAUAAUAUACCUUAGAAAAUUCUAGCAGAUCUGACAAAAUCAUCUUGACAUUUGCCUUGUAGUAAAAGAUGGAUAAUAUAAUCAAUAAUUGAAAUGAUUUUUAAUUGAUGUUCUUGACUUAUGAGGUUUAUGCGUUUGUGUCUUGUAAAUAAUAAAGUCCUUGAAAUAUA